AUGGAGGACGAAAAAUCGGCCAAAUCUAAAAAGAAGGGCGCUGCUCAUCGGAAAUCCCUGUCGUGCGAAUAUUGCAGUCGAUCCUUCGCUCGCUUAGAACAUCUCCAACGCCAUCUCCGCACCCAUACCAAGGAGAAACCCUUCUCAUGUGACAUUUGUGCCAAAUCAUUUGCUCGGAGUGAUCUUCUAGUGCGACAUGAGCGACUAGUCCACCCUGCUGAAAGUGCAGCCAGUCGAGAGCAUCGAGCUCCCAAUGGCCACGAAAACAACCAUGAAAUACCAAUUCAGUCCAAUCUCAUCCAACCCGCCCACCAUGAGUCGCGUAUGUUAGAGCUUGCAGACGCUAUCCCAGUCCACACUCAAGUACCUCCGUCCCAACCCGAAAUUCAAGUCCAAACCCCAUCAAUUAUAGAUACACCUCAUUUCAAUCCAUCCUGGGGCUAUGAUUUAAAUCUCUUAUCCCAUGCCGCAAGCCAUGUUGCUCUGGAGGGCCAACAAGAGAACCUGGAGUCCAUGAGAAAACCUCCACACACUGUCGCUCCUACGUCACAGCCACUUCCUCCCGCCCAGGAGAGAGCAAUUGCCGAUAAUUACGGUGUAGAGCCUUCAAUUCUCGACCUCACUGAUCUAGGGGAUCCCGUUCAGGAUUUCACGGUUUUUCUGGAGAGUGUGGGAUUGUCGUCCGAUUGGGAUUCGGGUGUGUUCUCGUCGGUUGAGGAGCCCAUGCUACCGCCCAGUAUGGCAAUUGAUUCAAAAUCGUCCCGUGAGACAAUACCAACCCGACUCGGCGGGGAUAUUAUGAAUGAUCCGCGGGGCGCCGCGGAAGAUCAUCCGUCGUUCUCGAAUUUCGGCUCUCGGCUCCCAUCGUUGCAGCCGGAAUCUCAUGAAAUGGACGAUCGUAUUGGCCUUGCUGAUGACAGCACGCGACCAGCAUGGGAUAUUUCUAAUUCAGAUCGCCAAGCCUUUAUUUCGAAGCUCGAAGAGUUUUCGUAUGUUCUUCCGAAAGGAUUUGUUCCGCCAUCGAGGCAUGCCUUAUCUCGGUUUUUUGCCGGAUACAUUAACGGUCUGAACGAGCAUCUUCCGUUCAUUCAUGUCCCUACGCUAUCGGUCGCUAAGGCUUCUCCUGAACUUACGCUAGCGCUGGCAGCUGCUGGUUCGCAUUAUCGGUUUGAAAACAGCCGAGGCAUUGAUCUUUUUCAUGCAGCCAAAGCAAUCUUAUUGGAACGCCUUCGUCGGCGAGACAGCAAGCAAGUGCCUCAGCCUUCAUGGAACUACAUUUCCCCGCCAUCUGGGUUCCACAACUCUCGUGGUUCAUCGAUGAUUUCUAAUACGACGAGCAGUCCGUUCCAGCAUCAUCAGCAAAUGCCAAAUGCUCCAGUCAAUGCAUCAAUAUACACAUUGGAUGACUCGGAUGCUCACAUGGAAGUGAUUCGGACGUUUUUGCUUUUAACUGUUUUUGCGUCCUGGGAACGGCACCCGGAGCUCUUGCGGGAGAUUCUCUCGUUGCAGAGUACAUUGGCCAGGCUUGUGCGUGAACAUGGAUUGUCUGAACCAUCUCCGACCGCAGACCCCAUUAGCUGGGAGGAGUGGGUACGGAGAGAAGGCAACAGACGCACAAAGCUCAUUGUAUACUGUUUCUUCAACCUCCACUCGGUCAUGUACAACAUUCCUCCUUUGAUAUUAAACGGGGAGUUAAAGUUGAACAUGCCUUGUUCUCAUGAUCUUUGGAAAGCAAACAAUCCCUCGCAAUGGCGUCGGGUGCAUCGGACUCGGCUAGGGUCCGACGUGCCUUUCCAAGAAGCCUUUGCCAGACUCUUCCUAAAAUCAUCCAUGUCAUUUCCAUCGGCACCGAUAUCCCCGCUUGGGAAUUAUAUCCUUAUUCAUGCCAUUAUACAACAGAUUUUCUUUGCUCGACAGCUCUGUCUCUCUGCGCCCCAUAUGCAAGGCACCAGUCUGAGACAAGAAGACUUGAAUGUGUUGGACAAUUCAUUGAGUGCAUGGAAGGCUCUAUGGAAACGCACACCCGAAUCCAGCAUCGACCCUCAGAAUCCCGCCGGUCCAAUUGCAUUCACCUCCACGGCUCUGUUGGGUCUCGCCUACAUCCGUCUACAUGUGGACUUGGGUCCCUGCCGUCACCUCAUUACACAAGACCCAACUCAAAUCGCAGGGGCUUUGAAUGACUCUCCGGCAAUUGCGCGUAGCCCACGAUUGAUCAUGGCGUUACUUCACUCAGCCCAUGCUCUUUCAAUCCCCGUACGACUAGGUAUUGAUUUCGUGGCCAGGACACAUUCAUUUUUCUGGAGUAUCCAGCAUUCCCUCUGUAGUUUGGAAUGCGCUUUUCUUCUCAGUCGCUGGCUGCUUGCUAUCCCCGCAACACAAUCUGAACAAAGAUUGUCAGAGCAUGAGCGGAAGUUGCUCUUGUGGAUCAAGAGCAUGAUGGAUGAAACCGAAAUGGCGGUCGAUCCACCCGGUGCACCAGAUAUGGAGUUUAUGGCGAAUCCAUUCAAAGUGCGGCAGCUUAGCGUUUCGAUUGUUCGCGUAUGGGCGCGGACUUUCAAGGGCAAUACGAGCUGGGCAAUUGUUGACUUGGUUGGCUCGAGUUUGGAUGCCUAUGCUGAUCUUCUGGAAUUUUAA